AUGGAGUUUACUAACUCCAAAAUUCGCGAUAUUUUAAAGUUUUCCUUCGUUAAAGGCAAAUCCGCUAGAGAAACGUUCCGUGAGAUUAAUUGUGUUUUGGGGAAUGGUACUUUAUCACUUCGAGUCGCGGACGAAUGGUUCCUAAGAUUCAGAGUCGGUGAAAACGACACCAUGGAUAAACCAGCCGGUGGAAGACCGGUGACGAAGAAUACCGAUCAAACCAUGGAAAACAUCACCCAGGAGAUGAGAGUUAGUCACCAAACCAUUUUACACCAUCUGCAGAAGGCUGGAUACAAAAAAUAA